AUGUCUCUACCCUCGAAGAGAAAUUCGCUUCGGUCACUGCUCUACUUGAGAGGCACGUUUGCAUCUCGGAAUUACAGCUCGCUCUCGGAGCGCUUGCACAAUGAACUGACCACGAGGAAGCUCCCGUUGACUUACGACUAUCUACAUCCCCAACCCUCCCAUCUUCUGAACCUUACGCUUCGUGAUCUUCUUCCACAGUCCACAACCUCUGAUGAUACAACCCUGCCCUCAGUACGAGAUCCGUCCCCGCUACCGGUCGGCCACCACUUGAUCUAUUUUCCGCCGCAAGUGACACUGUCCCAACUACUCCCGGACUGUACAGACAAGCUACAUACUCCCGGUGAACCUUUCAGUCGGCGUCUUUGGGUAGGUGGAAAUCUAAGAUUCCCCGUGCCCAGUCCACCUUUGGAUGGCAGUCGCGCGGUCUGCAUAGAAUCAAUUCGCAACGUGACAGUCAAGGGACGUGAGGGAGACGAGAAAGUAAUUGUUACAAUCGAGCGACGCAUUGGCAAUGUUCCCGAGGAAGAAACGGCCGAGCAGACUUGGGACCGGCUAUGGAAAGAAAACAAAGACGAUGUCGGGGAAUCAUCUGUUAUCGAGAACCGCGACCUCAUCUUCAUGCGCCUGAAAACUAGCGCCCAGAUCGAGGCUGAUAAAGCGCAGUUCGACGAGCCUAAUAGGACUGUCAAACCCCCCUCCGACGCGACAUUCCGCCAUGCCCUCAUACCUACCAAAGCGCUUUUAUUUCGAUUCUCAGCGCUGACUUUCAAUGCCCAUUCCAUCCAUCUUGAUAAGAGCUAUACCCAGAACCAAGAAGGAUACCGAAAUUUAUUGGUACAUGGCCCACUGACGCUCACGCUUCUGCUGACCGUGCUUCAGCAACAGCUGAGCCGGUUAAAUCUUUGCAUUAGCGAUAUUGACUAUAGAAACUUAGCACCUCUGUUCGUUGAGGAGGAGCUGGUUAUCUGCGGCAAGCCUAAGAAUGAGUCCGGGGCCUGGGAUGUAUGGAUUGAAGGUCCAGAUGGAGGAAUGGCUGUUCGGGGUACUGCACGGACGAGGUCGCAAUGA